ACCCUGCUCUGGCCACCCAUCCACAGCCAUCCUCCAUCGCUGGCUCGAACUACCAAUCGCCGGAACCGGUAUACCCUACGCGCCCGGUCGCAUAUGACGUGCGAAACCCGUAUCGCCCACCUUCCUCACAGGCGCAGCAUCUGCAACCCCCAGCGCAGGGACAAACAGUAGCCCCGGGGUAUACGCAGAGCGCACCGGCAAGCAUUGCUAGGAGCACGUAUUCUCUCCCCAGCUCAAGUGCCCGGAGUGUGUCGGGAGAAGAAGAUUAUCGGUCACGAGCUACGGUGCCGAGGAGCAGGUUGUAUGACGAGGGCCGGCGCGACUGGGAGCUGGUUUACGGCCAAGGCGGAGGGAUGGGGAACGUCAGAUCUACUGCGGAGCCGAGGGCCCAUCUGACGUAUGAGAUCAUCGCUGCUGCUGCUGGGUUCGCAGCAAUGCGCAUGUGGGAAGAUAAUCUCCGCCAACAGGGGCACGCGCCUCAUCAUUCCCUCGCUAGGGAACUCCUCGCCGCUUUCGCAGCAGCAGAGAUCGAGAAGCUCGUGGAGACCAAGGGCCUCGCCUGGCUGGACAAGGAGCGCGCGAAGAGGGAGGCAGCACAGAGCGCAGACAGGCUUGUGAGGGAGCAAUAUCCCGAUCGACCUGCUUCUGGCCCUGCGCCACGCGAACAUCCCCCUUCGUCUGGGCCCCCAACGACCAGCGCCCCUGCCUCCGCCGCAUCGGCAGCAUCCCGUCGUUCCUCCAUGUCGGCCAGUUCGAAGCCUCCCAUCACUCUAUUCUUCCCACCUCCCAGCUCGCCCUGGGCUAAUGGAGCACGUCCGGCUCCUACCAGCACGGGACAGUACUACCCGCAGGGGAGGGCGGGCAGCUCUGUUGCGGCUUCCGCUACAGGCAGUUCGGUGCAUGGCCCGGAGGACAUGAGCAGGCUGAGGGAAGAGGAAGCAAAGAGGCACAAGCUUAUCAAGCGCGACUUCGCAUACUAACGCUGCUGAGGCAUUCGACACUAUUUCGCUACAAGACACUUCAGACGAACAACUUCUUACGACUUUUAUGACAGACAC